GCUUGACAGCGCUCUGGAUUCCCACUUUCGGAGCGACUGAUGACUAGGGAGAAUUUCUACUCGAGUUGAACUUAGAGGAUGUCCUUUUGAGGGCUUUUAAUGCAAGUUGAUGUGUGCGGUCCCGCAUCACAGCCACCCCCUAUCCGCAUCACCAGCUUGCAGUUGUCGAUCUGCAUUUCUGUUACACUUUGUUCUCUUCUUCUCGCCGGGUGAUUUGAUACCAUUGGCUACCAUAUUUCUGUAUCAAUCGCCUUUUCGAGAUAGCAUAGCCUUUCCCUUUGGUAAAUCUUUAUGCAGAAGUAGUUCUACAUUCUCACUCUUGCCCUUCCACUGCCAGUUGCCUCGCCCCGUCACGGACUCGCCGUGCAACGCUACUCCAAUCUCGACUCUCAAACAUUUGGCUGUUACGUGUUUUCUAUUAUUCUCACCAGCUUCACAUUCUGAGCAAAUCGAAAAUGAGAUCCGAGGAAGAAUCGGUUGAAGGCCUCCUAAGUAGCCUUGGAUUGGCGGAUUAUUUGUCAAUAUUCUACUCUGAAGGCUUCGACACAAUCCAGGCCCUUCAAGAUAUUACAGAGGAGGACCUCGCACAGAUGCAAGUCAAGCGUGGCCAUCGACGAGUUCUUCAGAGGGCCCUAGGCAAAGGCUCAUCAACCAAUGGACUGCUUGAUCCAAAUUCAGCGGUGCCACAACGCCUGGAACUUGGCUGUUCGUCACACGCGUCGGUUUCCCAACGCAGCGGUUCCUGGGAUCACGAGUCGUCGCAAUCCGACUCUUCCUUUUUUGCAGGCAUGGACCCGAACCACAGCCCGUCACCAGCUACCUGUGACUCAAAAGGCAUCAACCGCCCUGUUUCAGAGUCACUCCUUGAGUCCCCGGCUCAGUUCUUCCUGCCUCCAAAACCAAAGAGGCGGUAUCGUCGUCAUCCGAAGCCUGACUUGAAUGCACCAAAAAAGCCACUCUCCGCCUACGUUAUGUUCAGUAAUACUGUGCGUGAGCAGUUGAAAGGCCAACAAAUUUCGUUCACAGAAAUAGCUAGAACCGUUGGUGAUCGCUGGAAGACUUUGGAUCCAAGCUCUAAGGAGGCAUUUGAACGUGAAGCAGCGGAGCAAAAAGAUCGCUGGACCAAGUCAAUGCUCGCGUACAAGCGAACCCGAGAGUACGAGCAGUAUCGUAGAUAUUUGCAACAAUUCAAGGAAGCCCAGCAGGUUCGAAGUGCAGCAACUGAAGCUCGACCCAAGCGCUUCAGCGAUUUGGACUGCAGUAGCACUCGAAGCUUUAAUGCGGUGGAGUCGGAGGUCAACAAUAAUUCCUGUGAGGUAUCAGAUGUCGAGGAUGACGAGCUGGUUCCUCAACCGUAUAUUCCCAGCUCAGUUCCAUCAUCUGAAAGGACAACAACGAAUAAUUCUGCGAACGAUGUCUCUCCGUACCCGUCACCCGUAACAAGUGUGUCUGCGUACCGUCUACCACCACCACUUACGAACAGCUCUCGCAUACGGCCCACCAUACCAAACCUUUGUACCUUGGACAAGCACUUGACUGAAUCACAGACCCGCUUUUUCAAGUCCAACUGCCCCGUCCGCAAUAAUCCAGAACCUCGGUAAAAUAUCUAACUGCUUUCAAAAUACACGCAUCCACCAGAAAUCAACGAGCGUGGACUUGUCGCAAUCACGUUAGACAAAUUUGUUCGAGAUUAUCGAGGCAGUUACUUUCCAAGAAUCAACCCUGUGUAACUGGGCAAAAACACCAGAGAGCAUCAUGACAUGGAGUGUAGCCAUAUGUCGCAGAUUAGAUUUCCACACUUCUAGCUUCACACUUCCCAGCAAAACGUAAAAACAUUUUGACAGAAAAUACAUCCUCCUUUCCACUAGGUGAUCAAUGCUCAAAAGAGUACAGCUUUUGUUUUUUUCUUCAUUCAUAGCCGUUUCUGUUGUUCCUUGCAUAUUCCUUGGAAAUUCCUUGUUCUGCGCCCUUAUCCAACCUGGCAAACAAAAUAGCUCAGAUGUCGUUAGUAGAAUGUGUAAAUAGAAUGGACACCACCACAUCUCAUGACGACACUCCUUUGGCAUGCUUUUCUGUUUUUUUUUUUUUCUGCUGUAAAAUUUGUGUUCUUAUUGGAAGGAAUGCAUUUCAAUCUGCAGACAUCCUCAUGAUUACCAGACUGCCAGGUAUCUUAUCUUGUGUUGAUUUUUAUACACUCUGAGCC